AUGACCACUGGACAUAUCAGCAAUGCUCAUGCCAACGGUGCUCCCAACGGGCGUGUGAAUGGAGACACUGGCUUGGAAAAGUCAUUCAAUGCAUUCACUUUGAAUCCCGAUCGACCAGCCUACAUUCCACCUCACAUGAGAGGAAAACUUCAACCUGCACCCGCACCUUCUAACGCUGGUCCCGGAGGUUUCAACAACAACAAGCAGAACGCAGCCUUCCCGCCCAUUGGUGGAGCUCCAGCUCCACAUGCCGACGGUUACAGGCCUCAGCAAGGUCUCCCUACGCCCGCGGCGACCCCUCCUGCCUCUUCAGCAUAUGUUCCCCCUUCCUCUAGGGGAGGGCCUCCCAGUGACGGAGGUUGGGGUGGUCCGCCCCGAGGAGCUGCACCUCAAGGACGAGGCUGGGGUAGCGGUGGUGGUGGUGGUGGUGGUGGCGGCGGAAGCGCUGGUGCUGGAUAUGGAGUCUGGCGAAACGGCCAUGUAGUCGGGCAGCGAAACCCUCGAAUGGAGAAAGAGCUCUACGGAGAGGAAUCUGAUGGAUCGCACAUGGGCACUGGUAUCAACUUUGACAAGUACGCCGACAUUCCCGUCGACGCGUCUGGAAAUGGCGUUCCCGAGCCAGUUACCCAGUUCACCAACCCUCCCAUCGACCCUGUGCUUCUGGAGAACAUCGGUUACGCUCGAUACACCACCCCCACCCCCGUCCAGAAAUACUCGAUCCCCAUCGUCGCCAACGGACGAGACCUUAUGGCUUGUGCUCAGACUGGUUCCGGAAAGACUGGUGGCUUCCUCUUCCCGAUUCUCUCAUCCAUGUUCUCCUUUGGCCCUAUUGCACCUCCUGCCGAUAACAACAGCUUCAGCUACAAUUCUCGACGAAAAUCGUACCCUACUGCUUUGAUCCUCGCUCCCACUCGAGAACUCGUCUCGCAAAUCCACGAUGAAGCCAGACGAUUUGCCUACCGAUCUUGGGUCCGACCUGCCGUUGUUUACGGAGGUGCCGACAUCGGUCAACAGAUCCGGGCGCUCGACCGAGGUUGCGACCUCUUGUCUGCCACUCCUGGUCGUCUUGUCGACCUGAUGGAGCGAGGCAGGAUCAGUCUCUGCAACAUCAAGUAUCUCGUUCUCGAUGAAGCCGAUCGAAUGCUGGAUAUGGGUUUCGAGCCCCAGAUUCGACGAAUCGUUGAGGGCGAAGACAUGCCUGGAGUUCAAGACCGACAGACGCUCAUGUUCUCUGCCACCUUCCCCCGAGAGAUUCAGAUGCUCGCUCGAUCGUUCUUGAAGGAUUACGUUUUCCUUUCCGUUGGACGUGUCGGUUCCACUUCCGAGAACAUUACUCAGCGAGUUGAGUAUGUCGACGACAACGAGAAAAAGUCACUCCUUCUCGAUCUCCUCCAGGCUGAGGAAUCAGGCGGUCUGGUUCUCGUCUUCGUUGAGACCAAGCGAAUGGCAGACAACCUCUGCGAUUUCCUCUGCGCUCAGCGACACAAUGCGACAUCUAUUCACGGUGAUCGUACCCAGCGAGAACGAGAAGCGGCUUUGGCCGCAUUCCGAACUGGACGUGCACCUAUUCUGGUUGCGACCGCCGUCGCCGCCAGAGGACUCGAUAUCCCCAACGUCACCCACGUCAUUCUCUACGACUUGCCCACCGAUGUCGCUGAGUACACCCACCGAAUCGGUCGUACCGGUCGUGCGGGUAACACUGGUACCUCGACGGCCUUCUUCAACCGAAACAACCUCCAAAUUGGACGAGAGUUGGUCGACCUCCUUAAAGAAGCCAACCAGACUGUUCCCCAGUGGUUGCUUGACAUCACCUCAGAGCGAUCUUUCGGCGGCGGAUACUCGUCCCGACCCUCGCGUGGUCGAGGUGGUCGAGGUGGUGGAAACAGGGAUGUGCGAAGCACUCCAGGUGGAGGAGGAUACGGCGGUGGGGGUAGCGGAGGUGGACACCGAGGAGGCGGUGGAGGAGGUGGAUAUGGUGGUGGUGGCUACGGCGGAGGAUACGGCGGAGGAGGAUACGGUGGAGGUGGAAGCUUCGGUGGACCUCCCAACUCUGGCGCCGCUAGCUGGUGGUAAUCGGCUCUGGCGUCGUGCUGGCACGCGGGCCGUGUCAGGACUGUUCAGUUCGAGCCAUACUCUUCCCUCUUCCCCAUUCGCCCCCGACUCGCCGACUCGCCUUUUCUCAGUAAUCGACUCAAGUCCUCU